AAACCCCUCUUUCACUAUUCUUCUCUCCCCAAAUUUUCACUCUCCAGUAAAACCAAAACCUCCUUUGGCCAUGUCUCACUCAUCAAUGGACGAUAUGAACCUCAACGCCCCUCACUCCAUGGGCACCACCAUCAUCGGCGUCACCUACGACGGCGGCGUCGUCCUCGGCGCCGACUCCCGUACCUCCACAGGUGUCUAUGUUGCCAAUCGGUGCUCGGAUAAAAUCACUCAGCUCACGGAUAAUGUCUACGUCUGUCGCUCUGGAUCGGCUGCAGAUUCGCAGGUUGUUUCAGACUAUGUGAGGCACUUUCUUCAUCAGCACACUAUUCAGCUAGGGCAGCCUGCUACUGUCAAGGUUGCUGCGAAUCUCAUCAGGCUACUGUCUUAUGGCAACAAGAAUAUGUUGCAAACUGGAUUGAUUGUUGGUGGGUGGGACAAGUAUGAAGGGGGAAAAAUAUAUGGAGUUCCUCUUGGUGGCACAGUCGUGGAGGCACCGUUUGCCAUUGGAGGGUCUGGCUCCAGUUAUUUAUAUGGCUUCUUUGAUCAAGUAUGGAGAGAAGGAAUGACCAAGGAGGAAGCCGAGGAGUUGGUUGUGAAGGCGGUUUCCCUAGCCAUUGCUCGAGAUGGCGCUAGUGGUGGUGUUGUCCGCACCGUUGUGAUAAACUCUGAGGGAGUGAAGAGGAACUUCUACCCUGGUGACACCCUUCCACUGUGGCAUGAGGAGUUGGAGCCCCAAAACUCUCUACUCGACAUGAUGGCUGCUGGUGGUGAUAGCCCUGCCCCUAUGGCCGAAUGAGGCACAAGUAGGAAUCUGUCUACAGAUGAACUUAAUCGGUUUAGAACUUUUGUUUGCUGUAGCAGAUGUUGAACUCCAUGGAAACCUGUGAUUUACUUGUAUGCUGGUUUCUCUACAAAUGUUAAAACUAAUGCGACUCUUGCUGUGUAAUUUCCUCAAUUCGAUUCUU